AUGGGAGUUAUGGAGAAGAGUAUGAUCGCACCAACCGGAGCUCGACCCACCACUCGAUCGAGUCAUGAGAAAUUGAGAAAAGAUGUUAAGGCAUUGAAUGAGAAGUUGGAUAAGCUGAUCCUAGCUCAGUCCACAAUGAAGAAAGUCAACUUUGUGUCUGCUGAGGAGAUGGAACCAGUCCAAGAAGGGGAGGAUACACAAUUUGCUGAGGACCAGGUCUAUCCUCAACAACAGCAAGCUCGAUCGAGUCAACCCCACAACAUGGGUAUGGUCAAAAAACAACUACCAAGGCCCUCAAGGGACUUUUCCUGGUCAGCAAAUGCACAUACCACCUGGCUUUCCCCACCAACCACCCCAGCCUGCACCUACCUGAGAAUGAGCUAUGCUGAAACAAUUGCUUCAAGGGCAAGCUGA